AUGCUGAGCGAGACGCGUGAGGCUUCGCCUUCCGUGCAAGGCUCUGCGGCGCCUCAGACACAUCGUUCCUCUGCCUCGGCCUCUUCUUCGCUGUUUGAGUUCUGGGACGAUGAAGAGGCUGACGACGCCAUGGCGGAGGCCUCAGUUUUAUUCCAGGAGAAAGAGAAGCGGAAUGAGAGUGAGGAGGGCGGCCAGAAGCGCGGACGGACUUACAACGAGUUCUCUCUGCAGGGUGCGGAGGAAAUGGAGAGGAAACUUCAUCUUCUUCACCAGACCGCAGUGUGUUUCAGCGACUGCUGGGACGCGUACGAGUGGACAGACAUGAUUUUCUUCCAGGAGAAUCGCUCCACAUCCAGCGCGCUGGACAUGAAGCAGGCGUCAGGCGCGAGUCGCCGACUGUCCGUGCGUAUGUAUACCGCGCCGGAGUCGAUGAAGGGCCUCUGCGCCGUCCGCAUGAAGGAGGAGGGGACGAUGGUGAAGAAGGCAGCGAGCAAACGAAAAUGCAACUUGACCCGUGUGACUGAGAUUGUCGCGUCUGCUGGGAUUAUCGACGUUCUCCGGUUCCUCGAAUUCAAGCAAAUCACGCAGGUGUUCGUCAAAGCGCAGGUCUACCUGAGCAAGGCUGCGACGUCAAAUAGCACGACGCUCAUCGUUCAGCGUCACUUCUCGGAUGCAGAUUAUCAGCAUCCUCUCUUUGUGCGCAAGGGACGCCAAGCCGAACCCGUCGGGGGCUGGCUGGUCGAGGCGAAGGCCCGAUGCGAGGGCGACGGACCCGCGGCAGCGGCAACCGAUUUCCUUCUCUUCAACUACGCGGCGAAUUUCGGACCGUACGACCCUCUCCUGUUUUCUUCCGAUGGAAUUCUCUCGAGAGUGUCUGCAGAAACACGCGUGCGCCGACAUGCGAACCGCAAAGAGCCUACCUGGAGAGAAGAGCGUACAUGCGUAAUGAAAAUAGAAAUAAGCGAAACGAACGGAUCUGAAGUUUUCAGGGUGUGUGUGAGUCAGGCAAGCAUCUAG